AUGAGCACAUUAUUCCCCGCCAUGGAAAGAGCCAACCCUGCUUGCUGGAGCCAGCCUAGUGGAAUGGCAUAUAACAGGAAUUGGCAUCACGGGCUGCUGAGGCAUGAGGACGAUGACUAUGACUGGACUGACUGUGAAGCCAGUCACUUGAGCGAAGUCCUUGUCACGCUGCUCAUCUGCCUCUGCGGGCUGGUGGGGAAUGGGGCUGUCCUCUGCUUCCUCAGCUCCCGUGUCUGCAGGAAUCCCAUCAUCAUCUAUGUCCUAAGCCUGGCCACCGCCAACUUCACCCUCCUCCUCUCCAUCGCCAUUGCCCUUGUGAUAUUUUAUGACCCAGAGAACCUUUGUCUCGGGCUGAGCUCACGGGACGUGACAACUGCGUUGAACAUCACCAUCCUUUUCGCUUUCACCGCCAGCAUCUACCUCCUGACAGCCUUCAGCGUCAUGAUGUCUCUAUCUGUCCUCCCCCCAGCCCGCUGCCCCUGCCACUGCUCCCAGCGCUUGCCAGUGCUCAUGUGUGCCCUGCUCUGGGUCAUCUCCUUCCUGCUCACCACAACCCUCUACUUCUGCCCUGCGGCGCUCAUUGUCUUUGUCUUGAGCUACCUCUUAUCAGUGCUUACCCUGAUUUUUUCUGGUCUAACCCUGCUUGUCAGGGUCUUGUGCUGUGCAUGGCAGCACCCUCCAAGGAAGCUCUGUGUUGUAGUCCUGCUAGCUGUCUUCUUCUUCCUUUUCUUCACUGCUGGUUUUGGUUACUGGCUAUUGCUAAGACUGUUUGAUUUUUCUGUUUUUGUCUUUGACAUCUCUCUCCUGUUGGCCUGUUUGAACAGCAGCAUCAACCCUGUUAUUUACUUCUUGGCUGGGAGCUGUACAAAGAAGUUCACUCUCUCUGUGAGAGUUGCUUUCCAGAGGGCUUUUGAAGACGUAACAGAGCCCCAAAAUAGAGAUGAAACUCCCGGAGAAAACACAGUGGAAACAACUGUUUAA